CAUCCUGACUGUUGAUGAAAAUGGAAUUUGUAAGAUUCGCUGCAGUGCAUGCAGUAACAUUGCAUGAACGACGAAGCUAUGAUGAAGUUAUAACAACGAGUCACGUUAUUUGUAGAAACGUAAUUGUUUAUUAAAUAAUCAAAUGUCUCUGGCGCCGUUUAACUUUCUAUUAAAUAACACGGAAGUUGAUUUCCAGCGACUCCAGUUUCUUCAGUGUCUUCUGCAAUGAUGGAAAGUGUCUCAAAAAGUGAUGCCAAACCACAGGCGUUUGUUGCUGCGCAAGUUCCGUUUAUUCACCUCUGCACAGUUCUGGAGAAAAUUCAGAAGACCAAACUCCGACCAGACAAAAGCAAAAUCCUAAAGGAGUUUAUAGAUUCAUGGAGGAAUUUCCAUACAGCACUUCACAAGGACAACCCGGACACAGCAGAUUCAUUUUACGCCGCUAUGCGUCUUAUUGUGCCUCCAUUUGAGAGGGAGCGAAUGGCUUAUGGUAUAAAGGAAAACAUGCUUGCCAAACUGUAUAUUGAGGUUUUAGGUCUACCUAAAAAUGGAGAUGAGGCAAACAAACUUCUAAAUUACAGAGCUCCAACCACAUCUCAAGGAGAAGCCGGUGACUUUGCCCUCAUGGCCUACUUUGUCCUGAAAAAAAGGUGCACAAGUCAGGGCAAUUUAAGCAUUAAAGAAGUCAAUGACUUCUUGGAUUCUGUAGCUAUCAACAAUGCCAGCAAGCAGAAGGAUCAAGUGAAGAAAAGCCUUUUGCAUCUGAUAACUCAGAGUUCAGCUUUGGAACAGAAGUGGCUCAUUAGAAUGAUCCUCAAGGACAUGAAGCUUGGCAUUAGCAAGGAGACAGUUCUUCAGGUUUUCCAUCCAGAUGCACCAGAAUUCUACAAUGUCACCACAGAUCUCAAUAAAGUAUGUCGACAACUUCAUGAUCCAUCUGUGUCUCUCAGUGAAGUCUCCAUUGAUCUGUUCUCCGCUUUUAAACCAAUGCUGGCUGCUGUUGCCAAUAUCAGACAGAUAGAGAAGCAAAUGGGCAACCGGCCAUUCUAUAUUGAGACGAAGCUUGAUGGUGAGCGCAUUCAACUGCAUAAAGCUGGAGAUGUUUACAAAUAUUACACAAGAAAUUCUUAUGAGUACACGCAACAGUUUGGGGCCUCUCCACUAGAGGGCUCCCUCACACCAUACAUUCACAAUGUCUUCAGCCCUCAUGUGGUGAAUUGCAUUCUAGAUGGAGAGAUGAUGGCUUAUAACCCUAAAACUGAGACCUUCAUGCAGAAGGGCAGUAAGUUUGAUAUUAAAAGACUGGUGGACGACUCUGAUUUGCAAACCUGCUUUUGCGUAUUUGAUGUCUUGUUGAUAAACAAUCAGAAGUUUGGAAAGGAACCUCUGAAGAAGCGUUAUGAAAGUCUUGAGACUGUCUUCUCCCCCAUCAAAGGCCGUAUCCACCUGGUCACUAAAUCUGAAGGCAGAACCAUGCAAGAAGUGGUGAAUUCUCUCAACGAGGCUAUUGACAAUCGUGAAGAGGGGAUUAUGGUUAAGGAUCCAAUGUCCAUUUACAAACCAGAUAAACGUGGGGAAGGAUGGCUAAAGAUUAAGCCUGAAUAUGUGGAUGGUCUAAUGGAUGAACUUGAUCUGCUGAUAGUGGGCGGUUACUGGGGUAAAGGCAGGAGAAGUGGGAUGCUUUCUCAUUUUCUCUGUGCGGUAGCCGAGGUGCCAAGUCCUGGGGAGAAGCCCACGGUAUUCCACACGCUGUGUCGCAUUGGAUCUGGCUACACCUUGAAAGAACUGUACGAUCUUGGUGUGAAGUUGGCCAAACAUUGGAAAGUAUACAACAGAAAUAAUCCUCCCGCAGCCAUUUUGUGUGGAACAGAAAAGCCAGAGGUUUACAUUGAACCACGCAACUCUGUGAUCCUACAAGUCAAAGCAGCAGAGAUCGUCACCAGUGAAAUGUAUAAGACCGACUGCACAUUGCGUUUCCCUAGAAUAGAAAGAAUCCGAGAAGACAAAGAGUGGCAUCAGUGCAUGACCUUGGAUGACCUGAACCAGUUUCGCUCUAAGGCUUCCGGAAAGCUGGCAUCAAGACAUCUGAACAUUCAUGAAGACCAGCCUGAAAAGAAGAAGCGCAAAAUCGUCGCUAAACCCAAGAAGACCAUAGGAGUCAUCGACCACUUUAAAUCCCAGGAUUUGUCAAAGGUUGCCAAAGAGACGGAUAUGUUUGAGGAGGUUGAGUUUUGUGUGGUAAAUGGUGAUGAUGAACAUUCCAAAGCAGAGCUUGAAAAAGGCGUAGCACGCUGUGGAGGCAUCGUUGUGCAGAAUCCUGGAAAAGACACAUACUGUGCCAUUGCAGCUGUGCAGAACAUGAGAGUGAAGAACCUCAUCUCCUCAGACCAGCAUGAUGUGGUGUGGGCUACUUGGCUUCUAGAGUGUCUGGAAAAUAAGCAGGUAUCAGAUCAUCGCAAGACUAUCCUUGAUGAGCUGGCAGCAGUGAGGAUGCUUCUCAAGGACCCCAUGCUUCUUUUGCUUUGGAAUUAUUCACUUGGGAUAAAAUAAGGACUAAAAGACAAUGUGCAGAACCUUCCACAGGAAACCCACACAAACACAUGCAAACACAGAAAUGCCAACUGGCCUACCUGGGACAUGAACCAGCAACCUUCUUGCUGUGAGGUGACAGUGCUAACCGCUGAGCCAUCGUGCCACCUGCACCAAGUUUAAUAAACUUAAAUUGUUUUGUGGGCAGCUUGGUGGUGCAGUGGUUCGAGUCCUAGCUAGGCCAGUUGGCAUUUCUGUGUGGAGUUUGCAUCUUCUCCCUGUCUUUGCGUGGGUUUCCUCCGGGUGCUCCAGUUGCCCUCACAAGUCCAAAGAUAUGCGGUAUAGGUGAAUUGGGUAAGCUAAAUUUUCUGUAGUGUAUGUGUGUGAGUGAGAUUGUUUUUCAGGCUGGAAGGGCAUCCGCUACAUAAAACAUAUGCUCGAUAAGUUGGCGGUUCAUUCCGCGGUGGCAACCUCAGAUUAAUAAAGAGACCAAGCCAAAAAGAAAAUGAAUGAAUGUAGGUUUUGGGAGACACCAUUACUCAAACUGAAGAAACAAGUUUACUCCAUUAAUAAACAUACUGCUCUUACAGUAUCAUUUCAAAUAAAGCAAAUCAAAAAAUGACUUUUGUAGUAAAUCGAAUGUUUUGUUUAUCAUACAUGCAUAUCCCCAGGUUUAGUGUGAAAUCGCCCUGCUGUGCUCAUCCAGAAAGUGAAGCACUCUCCAACAAGAAAAUCUUCUACAGGAUUUGACCAAAUAAGCAAGGAUAGUGGAAGGCAAUAUGUACCUCACUGAAGAUACACUGUCCCAGAGUGCCUGCUAGGUGAUCUGCACACUGUUGGAAGCUUCCUGUAUGGAAAAAGUCAGGGAAUAAUCAUGGGUUUAUAUCCCUCGGCAGUUGUUUUGACUUUCACCAUAGAAGUUGAUCGCUGAAAUUGUUUUAGGUGCAGCAUUUAAAAAAAAAUUAUGUGCCUCACAAAUGAGGCUGCCUUACUUUUGGUGACACGUUGGUUUAGAUCCACUGGUACACAAUGAAAUAUUUCAUAACUUAACCUGAAAAUAUAU